AUGCCCGGCUUUCCGAACGCAGCAGCCCGAUCUGAGCUGCCUCCCCUCCCCCCGAGUCCAGGGGAGAAGCCGGGCAGACACACCCCUUUCUCCUCCCUCGCCGCUCCCAAGAUCCGCCAAUCGCCGCGCAGUUUGUUCCUGGCCCGGGGAAUUCGGGGCGAUCGCGCCGGCCCGAGGCCAAGUCCCCGCGGAGAUGAGCGCCCCGGGGCGCAGUCCUUCGCCCAGCAGGCAUGGGAGCAGGUGCUGGCCAAAGCGAAGAGGGCCGUGGUCUACCUGGACGCCGCCUGCGCCGAGAGCCUGCACUGGAGCUGCGGCUCGGAGCGGCUGCUCGCCGCCGUGGGAGGUCCUGCGUGGGACGUGCGGGAGUUUGGCCCGCAGGCGGCCGGAGGGGGUCCCGGCCAGCCCAAAGCCCUGUUCGUGCUGAGCUGUCUGCUCAAGGGCCGGACCGUGGAGACCCUGCGGGACCUCGUGAGCCGCAGCCACUUCCAGUACUGCGUGGUGGUCACCGCCGUGGGCCACCCCGCGCACCUGACCGCCAGCCACCUGCCGGCCGGGGCCGUGGCCGAGCUGGAGGGGCAGCAGCCCGUGUUCGAGCAGCUGGAGGAAAAGCUUUGUGAGUGGAUGGGCAACAUGAACUACACGGCCGAGGUGCUGCACGUCCCCCUGCUGCUCGCCCCCCUGGCACCCCACCUGGCCGUGACCCCGGCCUUCGCCUCGCUCUUUCCGCUCCUGCCCCGGGACCUGAGGCUGCUGAACAGCGCCCGGCCGGACAAGAGGAAGCUGGCCAGCCUGGCCGAGUUGGACGCCUGCAGCCUGAGCCCCGAGCUGCAGCUGCAGAUCCGGUGCCUGGUGUCCGGCCUCAGCGCCUUCUGCGAGCACCUCGGCGUCCGCGAGGAGUGCUUCUCCGUGGGCAGCCUCAGCCGCGCGCUGGCCGCCGACCUGGCCGGCUACGGGCCGGCCAAGAGCCGCCGCAAGGCGGCCGCGGGCCGGGCCUCGCUGCUCUUCGUGGACCGGACCCUGGAUCUCACAGGAGCCGUUGGACACCAUGGAGACAAUUUAGUAGAGAAGAUAAUUUCGUUUCUUCCCAAACUUCCGGGCCACACAAAUGAUGUGAUGAUUAAUAUGGUGGAACUCACUGCAUUCCAGACAAAGGAAGAGAAUUACACACUCGUAGCACCUGGCUGCUUAGCCCAGUCCAAUGACCCAGCAGCAAGAGCCCUCUGGGAGUCUUUACUGAGCACCAAGCACAAAGAGGCUCUGAUGGAAGUUAGGAGACACCUGGUGGAAGCAGCGAGCAGGGAGAGCCUGCCCAUCAAAAUGAGCAUGGGACGAGUUACUCCUGGGCAGCUUACCUCUUAUAUCCAGCUUUUCAAGAAAAACUUCAAAGCUUUGGAAAGUCACUGUGGUCUUUUGCAGCUUGGGCUGGCUGCAGUCCAGACUUUGAAACAUCCCCUGUCUGCCAAGUGGGACAACUUUCUGGCUUUUGAAAGAUUGCUUCUCCAGAGCAUUGGAGAAUCAUCAAUGUCCAAUGUACUGAAUCAGUUGCUGCCCAUGAUUAAAUCUUUUAGCCAGAGGACCAGUGAUGACUACAGCCCAGAAGACCUUUUGGUCUUGCUAGUGUACAUUUAUUCAGUUGUUGGAGAAAUCCCAAUUGACAAAGACCUGGACACAGCUGAAGAAAUGGUGAAGAUGGCACUCACCGUGGCCUUGUCUGAAGAACCCGAGCUGACUCCUUUGCUGCAGAAAAUUUUAGGAUGUGAAUCUACAAUUAACCUGACAUUUCAGAAGGCCAGAAUAGCUGUGGAUGAGCUCUUUGAGUCACUUCACGAUAUCACCACAGCCCGAAGUUUCAUGAAACAGUUUAAAUCUGUGUAUAUUCCUGGAAGUCACACCCACCAGGCAACCUAUAAGCCAUUGCUGAAGCAGAUUAUGGAGGAGAUAGUGAACCCAGAGCAACCAGAUUCUGGCGAUAUUGAACACGUGUCUUCGGGCCUCAGCGACCUACUUAAAACGGGAUUUAGCAUGUUCAUGAAGGUGAGCCGCCCUCAUCCCGGUGACCAUCCACUCCUGAUCCUCUUUGUGGUUGGUGGGGUGACGAUCUCAGAGGCCAAGAUGGUAAAAGACCUCGUUUCUUCCCUGAAGCCUGGAACACAGGUAAUUGUGCUGUCCACGCGACUCCUGAACCCACUUAACAUUCCGGAGCUGUUAUUGGCAACGGAUCGACUUCAUCCAGACAUUGGCAUCUGAGCCAGAACCAUCUACUAGAUGAUGAUAAGACUUAGCCGGUCUGGAAAGACCUGCUCUAUUGUCUGUCAACUGUUGAGAUACAUUUCCCAAACUGAGCCUACCCUGGUACUAAUUGCAGGAAGAAUUGAAUCUUGCCCUGAAGGCCUUCGAUAAUGGGGAGGGGGGAAGGGGGGGAAUGUUCUGUUGCUAAGACUGUUGCAACGUUAUGUUGCCAAGAUUAUUGAAAUGUUAUAUUAUUGAGAUUGUUACUGGUUUUAAAAUUUUUUUCUUUUUCUGUUUCUGAAGUUGAGAUGUUAUAUUGAAAUUGUUACUGAUUUUAAAAAUAUUCUUUUUCUGUUUCUAAAGCUUAAAGAUGUUAUAUUGUUUGAGAUUGUUACUGGUUUAAAAUAAAAAUUCUUUUUCUGUUUCUAAA